GGCUUUGUUUUUGUGUUUUCCACGUCGGCAGUAUUUAAAUGUGUAAUUUAGCAGUGGAGUGGAGGUGCUGCUGAGGAUGCAGCCCGUGCCGAGCAGCAGCAUCACCGGGAUGCAGGUUCCUCCUCCUCCUCCUCCUCCUCCAUUUGAAAACCAGAGGAGCAUCUUCUCCCUGUGACGUCAUGACAGCAGCAUCAGCUGUUAGCUCUGCUUCGAACCUUUUCGCUGCCGAUCGCCGCCUGAACGAAGGAAAUAUAUGAGAUCCCCUCGCGUCCCUGAAAUGGCGACACAGGAGGUACAGUUGAACGAGACCCUGACUCAUCUCAAGACGGAGUCGGACACCCUGAAGACCAAGCUGGAGGAGGAAAGAGCGAAGCUGCACGACGUCGAGCUACAUCAAGUGGCAGAGAAGGUGGAUGGGCUGGGUCAGUUUGUCAUGAAGACCCGAAGAACUCUGAAGGGACAUGGCAACAAAGUUCUGUGCAUGGACUGGUGUAAGGACAAGAGGAGGAUCGUCAGCUCCUCACAGGAUGGAAAGGUGAUCGUUUGGGACGCCUUCACCACCAACAAGGAGCACGCUGUGACAAUGCCUUGCACCUGGGUGAUGGCCUGCGCCUACGCCCCCUCCGGCUGUGCCGUGGCUUGUGGGGGCCUGGAUAAUAAAUGUUCAGUGUAUCCUCUCUCUCUGGACAAGAAUGAGAACUUGGCUGCCAAGAAGAAGUCGGUGGCCAUGCACACCAACUAUCUGUCAGCCUGCAGCUUCACCAACUCAGAUAUGCAGAUCCUGACGUCCAGUGGGGAUGGAACGUGUGCAUUAUGGGAUGUUGAGAGUGGCCAGCUGUUGCAGAGUUUCCAUGGACACGCUGCAGAUGUGCUCUGUCUGGACCUGGCCCCCUCUGAGACUGGAAACACAUUUGUUUCAGGGGGCUGUGAUAAGAAGGCCAAUGUGUGGGACAUGCGUUCAGGACAGUGUAUUCAGUCUUUUGAAACUCAUGAAUCAGACAUAAAUAGUGUGCGAUACUAUCCAAGUGGAGAUGCAUUUGCUUCUGGCUCAGAUGAUGCUACGUGCCGGCUGUAUGACUUAAGGGCAGACCGAGAAGUGGCUAUUUAUUCCAAAGAGAGCAUCAUAUUUGGCGUCUCCAGUGUUGAUUUCUCUCUCAGUGGACGGUUAUUGUUUGGAGGCUACAACGACUACACCAUCAAUGUUUGGGAUGUUCUCAAAGGGACACGGGUCUCUAUUCUGUUUGGACAUGAGAACCGUGUCAGUACACUGCGCGUUUCUCCAGAUGGGACGGCCUUCUGCACAGGCUCCUGGGACCACACCCUUCGGGUCUGGGCUUGAGGAUGAAGACACAGAGGAUUGAAUGGUAGACAGACCUUCUGAGGACACCAACGUUUCUGUUUGCUAGAGUACAAUCAGAGACAUAGAGACUCAGUUUUGGUUGUACAUAGUGCAUAUCAUUAGCGUUGUAUAUACUCCAGUCUCAUGGCCAUCGUAAAUUUACAUAUUUCAGAGACUAAUCAAAUUAAAAGGCACGCUUAUAUUACAGGAUGAUUGAAAGAAAAUUGCACAAACUUACUUAUUGCAGAAAAUAACUUUGGUAGCGACUAGCAUCAGUCUAAGAUAGGAGUGACACAUUAAAGUGAUGUGUUGUAAAAGCCGACAUAAAGGAUAUUAUUUUUUAAUAUAUUUGUUGUUGUUUCUUUGCACAAAAGAUUAUGGAGGAAUGCCAUCUGAAGAAGAACUUUUUUGUGAAGGCCUCAGCUUCACUUGCUUCAGUUUCUUAUGCCACAGAAAAUUUUAAAUGCUAAGUUUGGAAUGUUAGGGAUAGUAAAGAAAAUUUGAUUGUCUUGUAAAAAUGAAUCAACAGUAGAUAGUUCGAAAAAGUACAACUAGUUUAUGAGGAUGAUAUAAGACAGAAAUUGAUUUAAUUCCACACCCUGUGCACCCAACAAGCCUUGACAGCAUCUCACCUGCCAAUACUAGCCUGAUGUAAAAAGAAGCACAUAUUUAAAGGUAAAUCUAAAAUAUAUGCUUUGGAAUUUCCCUCCCAAAUGAUUUUUAAAGAUGGUUUACCUUCUAUGUCUCUCUUUCCAGCUGUUGUUGCCACUCUAUGUGGACACUGUAAUCUGACUCCGUGGUCCCUUACUAGAUAUAUAAAUACUAAUGCAUAUGAAUAAAAUAACAUGUUUUAGAAUGUACUCUUAUCAAGCAGUUGUCCAAUGGCUGUAAUUUAAUAUUUACUGUAAUUAUUUUACUGUAGUUUAGUGUACAGUUAUUAAAGGGACUGUUAUCAAAGUAUUACAAACAUAAUAAACUGAGUUUUGAAUAUUA